AUGACACCUGCACUGGUUUUGCUGUCCCUGCUGGCUGCACCCCUGGGCAUCCUGUCCCAGGUCACACUGAAGGAGUCUGGCCCUGGGGUGGUGAGGCCUGGAGAGACCCUCACCCUCACCUGCACCAUUUCUGGAGAUACUGUCACCAGCAGUUACUGGGACUGGGUCCGACAAGCUCCAGGGAAAGGGCUCGAGUGGGUGGGCCAGAUUGACUGGGUUAGCUCCAGGUGGCGCACAUCCUACAGCCCGACACUCCAGAGCCAAGCGACCCUGUCUGCAGACACAUCCAAGAACCAGUUCUCCCUGAAGCUGCAGUCCCUGACAGCCGCAGACACCGCCACCUGGUCCCAGGUGCAGCUGCUGGAGUCUGGAGGAGAUGUGAGGAAACCUGGAGGCUUUCUGCGCCUCUCCUGCAAAGCCUCAGGGUUCACCUUCAGUGACGAGCAUAUGGACUGGGUCCGCCAAGCUCCUGGGAAGGGGCUGGAGUGGGUGGCUGGAGUGAACAGUGUUGGCUCCACCGAGUGGUACUCCGCGGCUGUUGAGGAGCGAUUCACCGUCUCCAGAGACAACUCCCAGAACAUGGCGUACCUGCAGAUGAGCAGCCUCAAACAUGAGGACACAGCCCUGUAUUACUGUGCCAGAGACACAGUGACUCAACCCCUAUUCAUGGCAAUUCAAAAUCCCAGCUCAGAUCCUCCCUUCAAAGAUGCCAGGAGGGGGCAGCCACGCUGCACAGCACAGCCCUGCACAGAGGCAGGAGGGUAUGCAAGGGACAGGGGAGAACAAACUCCAGCCUCAAGCCUUUUUUUCAGUUCCAGGAGCCCUGACAAAAGCCACCCCCAGACCCAACUCUGCAGACAUGGCUCCAGGCCACAGGAAAUCCCAGGCAGGUCCUUCUCAGUGCAUGUCCCAGCAGGUAGCAACUUCACAAGAAGCAUCAUCCUGGGCAGAGGUGGGUGCACCAGGCUUUGGAGGGGAAGAAGGAGGGUUGAAUUGGAAGAGCCUUGGCCACAUCACCCACUGCUGCCCAGGUCUUGGCUGCACAAAGCCCCACUCUCUCUGCUGGCCAUGGAAAAUCAAGUUGCGACUCCCAGCUGGAAGCAGGGCUCCAAUUUCCAGAGUCCAUCCGUGACACAGCAGCCUCCACUCUCCCCUUCUUCCAUCUCCUUCCAGUCCCCAAAAAUACAUACCUGCUUCACCAGCAGAGCCUCUCCGGGCCCAGCCCACACCUUGCUCACCUCAAGAAACCCACCUGAGCAAACUGGCACACAUUCCAGCUCUCAAUGCACCUCAGGCCACAGGACUGGGGCUCACACCAGAGCAGCGUGUGACCCAGCUCCAGGGCAGGGUGCUGGAUGUCAGACGCUGGCUGGACAAUGCAGCUGCUGCCCAUUGUGUUGUGAACCCUGGUACACACACCGAACCAGGAGACACAGAGUAUCCUGUGAGCAUGGGGACAUCAAAGGUCCACCAACAGAGCUUGGCAGAAGCUGUUGUUUCCCUGGGUCCUACCUGUCCCCACUCUUGUAUCUAAUGUGA